AUGGAUCGUAGUUGGAUGAAAGCUGAUAGAUUAGGUCCGGUGUAUGAUGUUAAGUAUGAUGAUUUUUCUAGACCAAGACAAUUUAUAAACAAAAAAGAUGUUUAUCUAAGUCCAUUAAUUGAGGAUUUAAAACUUUUGUGGGAUAAAGGUGUUGAUGAUGCAUAUUCUGGUGAAAGGUUUAAGAUGCGUGCAAUGUUAUUUUCCACAAUCAACGACUUUCCUGCAUAUGGUAAUUUGGCUGGAUACAGUCUUAAGUUUGGAAAAAAGACCGUUUACCUUGGGCAUCAUAAAUUUCUAAAACCCAAUCAUCAUUAUCGUAGAUUGCAUAAGGCCUUUAAUAAAGAGCAGGAGUUUGAAAUUGCUCCUAAACCUUUAACUGGUGAUGAAGUUUAUCAAAGAGAAGAACACCUUAGUGUUGUCUUUGGAAAGAAUAAAGACGGUACCAUUGAGAGAAAUAUUUGGAAAAAGAGAUCGACUGUUAGUUUGUUGCCAUGUACAAGUUUGAGAAAAGGUCCUGGAUCAUAUCAUGAGAAUGUCCAACCAACACUUUCUAUUUUUAACAAAUGUGGUCGUCCUAGCGGAAAGCUUCAAGACUAUUGGGUGCUUGAUAAGGAACGGGAAUCUGCUCACAUGCACGUCCUAAUCAAUUGUGAUGAGGUUAAACCAUACCUCGAAUUGUUCAUGCAAUAUCAUCGUAUCAAUGAGGAAGAUGCUUCUGGUCUUAUACACGAGCAAUUUCCUUCAUGGCUAAAGGAAUAUGUGAAUGAUAAGAGAAAUGGAACAUCUAUCCCAUACGUGAAGGCAUUAGCUCUUGGUCCUAAUCCUAAGGCAACAUCAUGGCACAUCUACUUUCUUAAUGGGUACAAGUUUCACACUGAAGAACGGAGUCGUGGUAAAAAGACUACAAAUUGUGGGGUACAUGUUAAAGGAAUUACAAAUGGAGGAGAGGAUAAUUUUUACGAUAUCAUCCAAUGUAUCCUUCAAUUAGAAUAUCAUGGCUCUAGCAACAAUAUUUCCCUAUUUUAUUAUGCUGGGUUUAAUCCAACAAAUAAUAGUGGCACAAGAGUUGAUAAGGAGUACAAUAUUGUUGAUAUUAAAAUGAAUAAAUGA